GAUAUAGAAAGAAUAAGGCACAAAUAUGAAACAGACUGUAAUUUUAAACAUUCUGAUUUAGAAAUGAAAUGAUUAAGAAAGAACCCUAAAACUCCCAACUUUAAAAUAAACUCA